AAUUUACAGACAGUAUUAGAACAGUUGUCAACUUAUUGAAAGGUACCCACCUAUUGUUGUUAGCAGGUCUUAAUAUAUAAAAAAACACACACACAAUGGCUGAACAAAAAAAGGCUCCUUUGCUGAAGAAAGAAGAAGAUUUUGUUAAAGCUUUAGAUGGUUUCAUCAAGCCUGAGGAUCAAGUUGCUCUCUUGUUGGAUUAUGAUGGUACUUUGGCUCCCUUGACCGAGGAAUUGUCGGUCAUGCCCAAGGAUACUGAGAUCAAUAUUAAGAAAUUGGCAGCCAAUGACAAAAUCUUCAUGUGUGUUUUCUCCGGCCGUGAAUUGAAUGAUAUCAAGAAUCACUUGAAAUUCCCCAAUGUUACUUAUGCCGGUAACCAUGGUCUCGAAGUUGAGUACCCAUCGGGCAAGAAAUUCAAGAUUGAAAUGCCCGAAGAAUUGUUGGAAAAACACAACAAAUUGGUGUCUGAAUUAAAGGAAAAGGUUGUCUGCUCUGGUGCCUGGGUUGAAGAUAAGAAAAUCUCAGUUACAUACCACUACAAGGGUGUUAAUGACAAAUUGAAGGGUAAAUUGGUAGAAACCGCCAAGGGCUUGAUCCAAAGCCAUGGCUUCCAAUUGAUCGAAACUCCUUAUGCUUUGGAGGGCAAGCCACGUGUCAACUGGGAUAAGGGUGAGGGCACCAAGAUGAUCUUGGAAAAACAAUUCAAUGCCGAAUGGUCCAAGAACUUGAAAAUCAUUUACUGCGGUGAUGACACCACCGAUGAAGAUGCCAUGAAAAUGCUUUUCGGCAUUGGCAAGACAUUCAGAGUCUCUGAAUUGCCCACAUUGAAGACAUAUGCCAAUUAUCAAAUUAAGACCGUUGAAGAAGUCGGUUGGUUAUUGAAGGCCAUUCAAGCCAACUAUGAAAAGAAGAAGAAUUAAUAAUACAUAUGGAUAUUUUUAACAAUUUAGUCUUGGAUAAUAACAGCGUUUAUUGGUCAACCUAUUUUGGUGACAAUUAAAAUUAUAAUAUUAAAAAACAAACAUAAAAAAUACAAAAAAAUAUUAUAUACUUAUUGCUUUUAUUAUAUUAAUUAACAAAAACAAUAAAUAAUAAAUUAAGUGGGGUAAAUAAAACAACUAUUUAAA